AUGUGGCCUCUGUGGCCAGUCCUUGUGCUGGUCCUUCUCAUUCUCCCACGAGCCGCGCGAACUACAGCAUUGCCUCCGCAUCAACCGGUCGAAGCCGCCGAUCAAGUCCCCAAUGCAAACCAUGUGUUCAACGCCAUCCAUUCUUCCAUGCGACAAUGGGGCUCAUCCAUCUAUCAUAACGGCAUGUCACUAUUCCCAGCCAUGGUCCCGGCUGGCACACAGUUCUAUCACGGCAACCCCAAUAUGGCACCCGUCCCAGGCUUAGAAUGGCUGGCAUUUGAGCCCGAACAUGCCAUCAAUUUUGCACGAAAAUUCCAUAGGCCUCGUGAGGCAGUACACCCACAGGGGGGGAAAGGUGCGGAAUAUGCCGACCAGCCUCUUCUCCGUGGCCCAAAGCACCGAAUGAGCUCCUCCCUUCUGAACGCAGCACAAGCCAUUUUUGGUCCCGUGGGCGAGCGUCAUGAACCCGAGCCCGAUAGACCUCAGCCCGACCCAGGCUGGCUUCACACUUAUCGGACCAAAGAAAUAACUCCGCUGCUUUACAUUGACGGCAUGUCAGCUGGCAAGUGUGAUAUGGGCACCCUCGAUUCGCAAGACAUUCUGCUUCUGAAUGCUACCUCCGAACAUGGCGGCAUGGCACAAGAGAGAGAACGAGCAGAUGGUCUUUGCAAACUGGCUCAUGAGCGCUGGAACGGCAAGGUCAAGGGCUUUAUCCGCAUGGAGGCCGGUUUCGAGAUCAUCAUGUGCUCUUUCUCUGACACCUUGGAUUUUGUACAAUCGGUCAGGGCUGGCCCGUUUUCGCCAGAUGAUGCCGAUUCAAGUACUGACAACAAAGGCUUCGGUUGGGGAAUGUGGAAAUGGAUCAAAUUUGUAGCGGCUCGUUAUGACGGCAUUGGCGGCGGCAGAGUCAGGCUAGACUACGAUCACUUCGUGACGGCAUAUGCCUAUGAUCUCGACCUGUUCACAGGAGAAACCGACUUGCCUAGGCUGAAGAACCUUUCACCCGUGGCUCUGGACAGAGUCCGCAAAGACGUUGACAGAAUGAUUGACUCAUGGGAUCCUGCCACUACCUUGAAUGAUAAGGGCUCUGUCGACUGGCAGAGCGUUGCAGAUAUGGUGGUUGAACGUUAUGCUGGCGCGUUGAAGUACCUGAUUGGAGGCACUUUGACAAGUGCUGAAGACCUUUUCGAGGAGCUGGAAGUGAUUCUCCGUGUCUUUGUCGACUCAGACGCGCGAAACACAACAGCCGAGGUGAAUCGGUGUGUGGCCCAGUUCAAUCCGUUCGAAAGCAAUGCCUUGAACUCAUUUGCGGGCCGCUCGAUCCACACUGUGACGAAGAAGAUCUGCGAGACUCUAUUCGCCGCGUACAACACGAAUGUUACGCUAUCGCAGUCAAUGGAGAACUUGCGGUUGCUCACCGAGUACCUAGAUUGGUCGGUCUGGAAAAGGUGUCCUCAGUGCGCGUUCAACGAGAGGAUCGGGAGCAUCCACGUUGUAGAAAUUCCAGUGAGUUGA